AUGGUGCCUGUGCUCUCGUUGGAAAUGAGGCCGAGCAGCCCAGCGUCGGCAAAUACAAACAAGACGAAAGACCUAAAGUACCUACGCUUUAUAACGCUAAUAGACAAAGAUAUGGACACGAGUGAGUACUGGCGUGAAACUGAGAUCCUUUAUCUCGUGAGAAAUAACGAAGCGGACAUUGAUUACGACAAAUGUGAACAGACUCCUGCCGAGCAGAGCGUGGUACGCAUCAACAGUUUCAGGACGGUCCGACCUAUUUGCAGGAAUAGGAUUGAUUACCAACAGUGCCCCCAAUGUCCACAUUUCAAUAAUCAUACUGAAUGCGAGCUGUUCAGGGAUUCUUGCAAGGAACGUAGGGUGAAUCCGUCGGAGUACCGCACGUACUGCGAUCGUAAGUACGGCAAAUGGCGCGCAAUGUUUCUGCCAGCUGAUUACUCGCAGUGCCGGUGUUGUGAUGAGUGCAUCUUCUUCAGAGGUGUUCCUGUUACUGUACCGCCGUUGCCAAAGGAAACUCUUAAUAUCCGUCGUAGUUUCCGCUACGAAGUUGCUACGAGCCGCGACUGUCCUAUGUCGUGUAGGGGCUACGAAUGUAAAGGAGGUUUAGUGCCUGAACACAGCUGUGUGCUCGGCGGAUUCCUGCCGGACAAGGAACAAUGUAAUUGCUGUGGGCGAUGCAGCAUGUACCAGCAAUUGAAUGAAAAGUGCGCGGAGUUCAAGAAGACCUUUCAAAAUGUCAACGGAACGGUUGAGAUUGAGGAUCAACUUCUUAAAGGACCUUACUUCUUCAUCAUGCCUAACGGUCUUCAGGUGGAAGAAGAAUUCUUGGAGCCAGGGUGUGAUGAUGGACUGGUGUGCAGACAGGGACGCUGCCAGGACAUACACAUGGUGCCGCCUUCUGUUAGUUCACGAUACAAGAGGGAUGAGGAGGUUCUCGCUAAUGAGCCAUGUAAGCGUGAGUUGAAGUACUUUAAGAAGAAGUACGGUCCAGAGGGUCAUCUGCAUUACAACGCGCCGCAAUGCACUCCGCUUUGGCUAUAUGCUCCCGUCCAGUGUCGCCGCUUCGUCUGUUACUGCGCUUUGGAAGAUGGCAGUUUUAUCCUAGGGAUCAAGGUUCCAAGAGUUGAAGUCUCCAACAUGAAUUGCGAUUGUGCCCGAGAGAGGUGUCGCACGGGUUCAGAUGUGGAGUGUGAUGGCUACGGGAAUUACAAGGAGGCCGUGUUCUCGCCACACAUUGAAGAAUGGAAGCUGCCAAACGAAAAAGAUGAGGACCCGGUCACUUCGGUAUCCGUGGCUCCAGAAGACCCUCGCUCAACGCUGCUGCUGGACUUAACUUCUAUGGUGCAAUGA